AGUUAUCAACAACAAAACAUGUUGAUUAUUGGGUUAUCCUUCAGUAAAGAUAGUCGAAUCAUUAGGAAAAUAAGCAGCCAAGAGCGGCAAUAAGGCACAGUAUGCCUUUAGCCUAUCAGUACAGAAAUUAAUGACGCUAUUGAUUAGUUCUCUUUGUCUUUUCAAUAAUCCGUCACUUACAUGUUUCUUUAAGCGUCUUGAUAACGACAUGCUUUGUCACUGUUAUCAUUUCGUAUCCAAGACUUCGAGAUUUUCUUGCCAUUAUCGCUGCUUGUUUGUUCAACCUGAACUAAAAGUUGUAAAUAAAAUGCAUAAAACAAUGGCGAACACUCCCUCUACUUUAGAGUUCACUCUAAAAAUCAACCACUUCUGCAUAAGUAUAUAUUUGAAAAAAAGAGUGAAAGAAGAAGAAGAUUAUUUUUAAUUGACAAUUUUAUAACAAUAAAUAGGUUCCUUAUUGUUUAUUACAUAGC